AGGCGUGCUUGAGCUGUGCCGUCAUGUCCUGUUUCGAAGAUGCGGACACAGAAGAGACAGUGACAUGCCUGCAGAUGACUCUUUACCAUCCCAGCCAGCAGCAGAACAGGAUUUUCCAAUACAUAAAGUUUUACAACCGAGAGAAGCUUUCCUCCAGCGAAGUGGUGAGAUUUGGCCGGAAUUCCACCAUCUGUCAUUACAUUUUCCAGGAUAAACAGGUUUCCCGGGUUCAGUUCUCACUGCAGCUCUUUAAAAAGUUUGACAGCUCCGUGCUCUCAUUCGAAAUAAAAAAUAUGAGCAAGAAGACCAGUCUGGUGGUGGACAACAAGGAGCUGGGCUACCUGAACAAAAUGGAUCUGCCUUUCAGGUGCAUGGUAAGGUUCGGUGACUACCAGCUCCUGCUGGAGAAGGAGGAGGGAGAGUCAUUGGAAUUUUUUGAGACCAAGUUUCUAUUGUCAUCGAGGUCACUCUUGCAAGAGAACAACUGGCCAGCCGGGAAGCCAGUCCUGGAGUAUGGCAGUUACUCCUCCUGUUCCACCGAGAACAGCUGCCCUUUGGAAAUGGAUGAAAACGAGUUCUGAGCCUGCAGGACUGAGAUCGUCAAACUCUAUUGACUCUUGAGAGUUGUUCUCUGCUUUGGAGUAUCUUAGCAGUGUUGACAUCUGCUUGGUGAUCAGAUUAGGAUUGCUCAAAAUUUUCUUCUUUUUUCUUUUUGGGUCAUAUCCAGUGAUGCUCAAGGAGAACUCCUGACUCUGCACUCACGAAUUAAUCUUGGCAGUGUUCAGGGACCCUAUAGG